CGCGUAAACAGACUCUCGCGCCGUGUUGCUCGUAGCAGAAGCUGGACCUACUGCGAGCUUCGUGUUUAUUCCACACACUGCAGUGGGGUUGUGUGUGUGUCUGUGUGUGUGUGUGUGUGUGUGUAGUGAGAGUCAAGCUUGGUAUCGGCGCUGAGAUGGAUCCUGUGCGGGUUUACAGACCGGCGGUCCGACUGGGGAACUGGAGAGAGGAUGUGACUCUGGAGGAGGAAGCUCUGAGUGAGUUUCUGCAGCGGAAGGACAGAGGAGAGCUCACUGUUCAAAAGACCGGUGUGCUGAGACAGAAUCUGCUCAAGCCUGUGAGUCUGUCCGUGUCUCCAGACGGAUCCUUGCGUUUCGGAGACCCGGUCAUGCUGGUGAACAGCAGAGGAAUGAAGCGUGACCCCUGUGACCCCGGUGUCCUCAGCAUCAUCGCUGACUUCAGCAACUUCACGUCACAUUUAAAGACAAACUCCAAGCAGUUCCUACAGGGUCCCUGUCAGGUGGGCGGAGCCAGCAGCAGGCAGCCGUGCGUAAGGAACACCUUUAUAAUCACCAGUGUGGACGAGUGUGAGGACGGAGAGAUUCUCAGAUACGAGCAGAACUUCGCCCUCAGGACGACUCCAGACUUCGGUGCAGAGCUUUACCUGGCCAGUGACCACAGAACCUUCCAGAAGUGUGCUAAGAAAUCUCGGCUACAGGAAGUGAGCUUAGUGCAGCAGAAGGACUUCCUGUGCUGGUGGAAGCUGCUUUACUUUGAUCCUCAGGAGCGACUCGAACAUGAAGGCUUCCCUGUGCAGGUGAACACUAAGCUGUUGCUGUCUCACUGUAAAACUAACCAGUGUCUCGCGGCUCUUCCUGACCACACGCUCUGGACGCCGUUUGGGAAAGAGUCUGAGAUCACGGCUCACACUUUCCUGGAUUCCCAUAAAGCCGAGCAGGAGUCUAAUCACUGGAUCUUCAUGACGUCUGAUCUGAGAGAAGAGGAACCAAGCAGGAACUGAGCAGGAGACACCACCGGUCCAGAGUCUCAGACAAGAACCAGUCAGGGACACUAACACACACACACACACAAACACACACACAGGCAGAUAAACUGUGAACAUCUCUUGUUGCUGUAUCCUGAAAUGAAAUAAAGAUUUA